AUAACGAUCUUAACCGCUUGGUAGUCACGCCCAACAUAAGAAAACAUGUCCACUUCACCCGAGUAUCUAGCCUUCAAAGAAGCUUACUACAAGCUCUCUCUAUCUCUGAGCCACCCUGAAGUGCUGGCGGGUCUGCUAUGGUCCAAUGGAUUUAUCACACCAAUGGAGAAACAUGAUGCACAGGAUGUAUCAAAGAUGGCCAGAGUUAGAGCUACAGUUCUUUUGGAUGUGAUAGCAAAUAAGAUUGAGCUUCAGGCGGAAAAAUUGAAACAGUUUGUUACCAUUCUCAAACAAGACACUUCACUCAAAGACUUGGCAAUGAUUCUCGAACCUACUCGUGAAGAACCUCAGUUGUCCGCUUCUCAACCACGAGUGAGUACUAACGGCAAGUCUGAAGAACAAAUGAAAGUAUGGCUGAAAGAAAUUGGACUAAGGGAUCGAGACAUCGAACUACUGAUAGAUGAGGGGUUUGGAACUGGUCCUGGAUUCAUGACACUAGAGAAAGAGGAUAUUGAUGAUAUGAAGUUUACGAAAGGCGGAAAAAAGCUACUGUUAAACAAAAUUUCUACAAAUUCAGAAACGGAAACAGUUUCCAUGGAUACCACUCCCACAUUAGUUAGACCCUUGGCAGGAGUCCCACCCUCCACACUACUACCAGAAUCAAGCACUGCAGACGAAAUAUGUGAUGAAAUAGGGUUGCCCCCUUACGUACUGGACACCGAAUUCCCUGACCACUACUCAGUAAAUCUCUCAUUCGCAAAAUUAAUCCCAGAUUGGAAAGUGUUUGCACAAGGUCUUGGACUAUCCCCUCAGGAUAUACGAGGAAUAGAGACAAACAUUAGCCUGACUAUUAUGAUGCAAAGUACUGAGACUAUUAAUAUUUGGAAGAGCCGUUUUGGAUUCAAGGCUCGCUACAGGAUGUUGGUGGAUGUGGCAUUGCAACACAGACUGUUGAAUUUGGCAAGACAGUUUUGUAGACUCUUACAGAAAAUGGUGGGCAGAGCUCCAGUAGAACCUGUUAGUUCAAGACAACCUGCUAAAUUGGUAAGUAUGGAAGUCUCACUCGAUUCUCUGCUAGUUGCACUCGAACCAUUACACUUCUCAAGGAGCUACAAUGGACAGUUGUCUAGAGCACUACGUGUACCUGACUCAAAACUGAGCGAGUUUGAGGCUAACAAUUACAAUGAUAUCCGUCAAGUUAGAACUGAGAUCUUGAAAGAGUGGUUGAGACAAGGUGAAGACGUAUCAUGGCAUACAGUGGCUGCUGCUGUGCUGAGAAUUGGCGAUCGGGCUCUGUCGAGGAAACUAAUGGCCUAUAGAAGUCCAGAAUGAUGACUAACCCCGCCUCCCUACGGACUGAAUCUCUAGUGCAUGUGGUGAAGACCGAUCCUCUUUGUGUGUACUUUCCUUCAGGGACACUGUUUUCUUAAUUAUUAUGACUGUACAUAUGUAGCUAUGUUAUUGUUUGAUGAAUGAUGAUAAUGAUGAUACUGUUCAUCAGUUUUUUAUACUUAUUAUACAAAAUGAUAACAGAUUAAAAAAGA